CUGAAAGGGGGAUGACUGCCUGCUUACUCCCGAAAUUCGCAGUUCUCACCUCCACUCAGUUUCGCUCUCUCACCCCCAAAACAUAUUCAAGCCGAACAUCAACAUCAAGCUCUCUUCUUUCUAUCGCCCAAUCUCCUCGAUUUCGACGCCCGAUUAGAGCCGCAGCAGCCAUGGAAGUUGACCAAGCCGGCAGUUCGACCACCGGCGACAGCGCCUCAAGCCCAGCGAUGAAGCUUUUGUUUGUGGAGAUGGGCGUGGGUUAUGACCAACAUGGGCAAGAUAUUACGGCGGCAGCGAUGCGGGCUUGUAGGGAUGCUAUUUCUUCUAACUCAAUUCCUGCAUUCAGGAGAGGGUCCAUACCUGGUGUCUCAUUUGAGCAGAUGAAACUACAGAUCAAGUUAGGAGUCCCUCAUUCUCUCCAGCAGUCAUUGGAUAUUGAGAGGGUGAAAUCUGUUUUUCCUUAUGGGAAAAUUCUGGAUGUUGAAGUUGUGGAUGGAGGACUGAUAUGCUCAAGUGGUGUGCAUGUGGAGGAAAUGGGAGAUAAAAACGAUGACUGUUACAUAGUGAAUGCUGCAGUAUAUGUUGGCUACUAGUAGUGAUUGUUUUUUUUAAGGACUCAUCUAUGGGAACAACAAAAGCACAUGACGCCUCAUUGCCUCAUUAUGCAUAAGAUUUUCUGCUUUUGGCAGAAAUGUGCGUCGGUCUCCAAUUAUUAUAAGUGAUAUUUUCACCAUCUGCUGCCCAGUUGCUAGGCUUUUAUUUGUCACUGGUGUUGUUUGUUGAACAUUAGUUUUCCUGCUGCAAUGAGCAUUGCUAUAAAUUUCUCUAGACAAUAGAAAUUCAUCAAGGUGAAACCUCUUGGGUCAUAGCUCUUCCUUUUAGCAUAUCUUUCAUUUCUUGCUCAUUUUGCAGUUCAGCCCUGAAAUGCAUGAAUGUAAUUUAGUGAGCUUUUACUCUUGAAUACUUGAUUCAUAGGUUUUUGAUACAUGGUUCUACAUGCAUUG